AUGGCAACCAUAGAAGAACUUGCUCAUCAAAUUAUUGAACAGCAAAUGGGAGAGAUUGUUACAGACCAGCAAACUGGCCAAAAAAUCCAGAUUGUGACAGCCCUGGGCCAGAGCACACCAGGCAAGCAGUACAUCCUGACCAAUCAUGAUGGUGCCACCCCAAGCAAAGUCAUUCUGACCAGGCAGGAUUCCACUCCAGGGAAAGUGUUCCUCACAACGCCAGAUGCUGCAGGUGUCAACCAGCUGUUCUUCACUGCUCCUGACCUGUCUGCACAACACAUCCAGAUUUUAACAGAUCAUUCUUCCUCAGACCAGACACCAAAUAAAGUUUUCGAUCUAUGUGUAGUGUGUGGAGAUAAAGCAUCAGGUCGUCAUUAUGGAGCAGUAACCUGUGAAGGAUGCAAAGGAUUUUUUAAAAGAAGUAUACGGAAAAAUUUAGUAUAUUCCUGCCGAGGAUCAAAGGACUGUAUUAUCAACAAACACCACCGAAACCGUUGUCAAUACUGCAGGUUACAGAGAUGCAUUGCAUUUGGAAUGAAACAAGACUCUGUUCAGUGUGAGAGGAAACCUAUUGAAGUAUCUAGGGAAAAAUCUUCCAAUUGUGCAGCUUCUACAGAAAAAAUUUACAUUCGAAAAGACCUUAGAAGUCCCUUGGCUGCCACUCCUACUUUUGUAACAGAAAAUGAAACAACCAGGUCUUCAGGGCUGCUGGAUUCUGGAAUGUUUGUGAAUAUUCAUCAAUCUGGAAUCAAAUCAGAGUCUGCCAUGUUGAUGACCCCAGAGAAGGCUGAAUCAUGUCAGGGAGAUUUAAGUACACUGGCCAGUGUGGUGACAUCAUUAGCAAAUCUUGGCAAAACAAAGGAUAUUUCCCAAAGUAGUCCUGAGCUCUCAAUGAUUGAAAGCUUAAGUAAUGGAGAUGCCUCACUAUCGGAAAUUCAGCACGAAGUGCAGACCAGCAGUGAUGUGACAAGGGCAUUUGACACCCUUGCAAAAGCAUUAAACCCAGGGGAGAGUGCGGCCUGUCAGAGUUCAGUAGAGAGCAUGGAAGCCAGCGUGCACCUGAUGGCUGGAGAAGCGAGCAUGAAUGUCGUCGAAAUAGAGGGACCACUUCUCAGUGAUGCACAUGUAGCUUUCAGGCUUACCAUGCCUUCUCCUAUGCCGGAAUACCUGAAUGUUCACUACAUCGGUGAGUCUGCCUCCAGACUGCUCUUCUUGUCCAUGCACUGGGCACUUUCCAUUCCAUCCUUCCAGGCUCUGGGUCAAGAAAACAGCAUUUCAUUAGUGAAAGCAUAUUGGAAUGAGCUCUUUACUCUUGGUCUUGCCCAGUGUUCUCAAGUAAUGAAUGUGGCCACAAUAUUAGCAGCGUUUGUUAAUCGACUUCACAGUAGCCUUCAGCAAGAUAAACUAUCAACAGAGAGAGGAAAAGCCAUAAUGGAGCACAUCUUUAAGCUCCAGGAAUUCUGUAACAGUAUGGUCAGACUCUGCCUGGAUGGAUAUGAGUACGCCUAUCUAAAAGCCAUAGUGCUUUUCAGUCCAGAUCAUCCAGGCCUAGAAAACAUGGGACAAAUUGAGAAAUUUCAAGAAAAAGCUUACAUGGAGUUUCAAGAUUACAUAACAAAAACAUACCCAGAUGAUACCUACAGGUUAUCUAGGCUACUUCUCAGAUUGCCUGCCCUAAGGCUCAUGAGUGCUACUAUCACAGAAGAACUAUUUUUUAAAGGUCUCAUUGGCAAUGUACGAAUUGAUAGCGUCAUCCCAUACAUUUUUAAAAUGGAGACCGCAGAUUAUAACUCCCAGAUAAUUGGUCAUGGCAUUUGAAAGCUUGAUGUCAUGGUGCUGUAGACAUAAACUCAUUUCUUUACAACACAAGAAACCAGCUUCUAUCUGGUCCUUCUUCCAUAUCUGGACAUUUCAUUUUUAAUAUCUGACUGAAAUACAAAAUGGUUUUCUUUUUCACUUGAUCUUCAAGAAUUUGUGAGUGACUCAGCACGUACCAGGAAUGAGAAUAAUCUUCCUUUCCUCAUCUUAUAUUUAACUGCAUGAGGAGUCUUCAGAAUUCAGCCUUGGCAAAGAAGACAUCAGAGCACCACGGAUCUGUGUGAGCUAAGAUGUCUCUGCACAACUCAUGUUGGAAAAAUAACAAUAAAUUCAUUUUCAUUUCAGAGUGUCGUUCUAUUCAUGUUUAAUUUAAUCAUGAACCAAUAUGAAAACUCAGUGGUCUGAAAUCCCUAGAGAGCCCAGGGAUUACCUUUGAUUUUUGACAUUUCUGUAAUAGAAGUCACUUUUGUUUCAAUUAAUAUGUGAAAAAGAAAUAGAGUUUUUGCUUAAUGGUGUGAUGAAACCAUUAAAACUGCAGGGAAAUCAAAGAAGAAAAAAAAAUUUUUUUAAACUUUUGUAAAUACCAUGCAUCCCCUAAUAACUCACCACUCCCCAUUGCUGGCAAUGGGUCAUGGGCAAUUCCGGAUGUUCAGGGUUGACAUUUUCAUGUUGUGUAUUAGUAGAUAACAAGCACUUUUUAUUUAUGCAGUAGGAAAUUGGUUUAUGAGUAAAGUGUUGGCCAAGACUUUAUUCUGUGUUCUAUUUUUAGUUUUCCACUGUAUUUUAAGAAAGCCGCACUGACUGAGCCCAGAGUUGUGUUGUGUUUUGUUUGGGUUUUGUAGCAUUUCUAACACUAGGUAGUAUCAAUUGCUCUUCCUUUCUCUAAAGAGCAUUCUGACCUCAGGAUUUUCAUUUCCCACAUUUCUGAGUAACUUCAUAGCAUGUUGACCCAACUGGAUGAUUCAGCUAAUCAUUAUUUUAAAACUCAUGUGUGGGGAAAACAAAUUUGUGGGCUUUAAAUAAUCCAUUUGUAAUGACAAAUUUGAGUUUGCAGGGUGGCUAUGCCUAAUUUUAAAAUAUCGAUCAUAUAUUUUCAUUUAAUAGCAGUUCCCUUAACUGCUAUGAAAUGAAGGAAUAUGCAAGGAUUAUAACUGUAUUGAAACAAUCUGUUUAGUAGCGGAUAUGUAAGCUCCCAUUAUUACCACUUCAAAAAUGUUUUGAGUUCUUGGUUACGGUGUCUUCCGUAAUAAAUGUUUUUUUGAGCAAAUUUGAUAUUAUUUUUAAAGCAUUUUUCUUUCUUCCCCUUUUUAAUUGUUUGGUUUCUAAAUUCACUAAUUUGUAAAAACCAAUCUGGAAAUUUCAUUAACAGGUAGCAAAAAUGAAUUUUUGGCAAAGUCUUUUGUAACAAAAGAGGAGCUAGAUUAUUUCUUGUUAUGUUCACUAAUCAUUAUUAUCUAGUAAAUCAGUAAUUAAAAUGUGUUAGCCUGUGGUCUUUGAAGACCUGUUUAUUAAGGAUGGCUUUUUUGCCAGUUAAAAAUUAGACUUUUGUCAAUGGGUUUAUAAUUUUAAACCAAGAGGAACAAUACAUUUAGUAUAAAACUUUCAAAUAAAAAAAUUUAUACUUUAUAAAAUCCAAUGUAGCAGGACAAGAGUUCAGGAAAAUAAUCCUUUAAAAUAAUGUACAUAUGGUCAAGAGAUAUGUGUCUUUCAGACAUUUUCCUGAUUAAACUUGUAGUUAUAUUUGGAAAUGUUUUAAACUGUAUUAAAGACCUGUAUUAAAGUAUUACUUGCAUUA